UACACAGCAGAGAUUCCAAGGACUACCAAGUACAGAUGGAAAGUAAAAGAUAGGGCAGAACUACAGGACAACUCACGAGAUCACAUUAGUCAGCCCACUGCUUCCCAUAGAGAAGUUACAGAUGAUGUCAACAGUAGGAGCUCUUCCACACCUAGGCUUUUGGAUUCUGCCCUUCAACAGAAUAUCAGUCAUGAUGACAUCAACACAGAUGGUCACAUGACUUACACUUCGACCAGUGGAGAGGAAGAACUCAACAAUUCCAGCAGUGAAGAUGAACUUGAUAGUGAGAGCUCUUCCACGGACAGCCUGUUGGAUAUGGACAUUCAAGAGAAUGAUAAUAUAGAUAACCACACUGACACAGAAGACCACUGGAGUAACACUUCCAGCAGUGAAAAUGAAGAUGAUGAACUCGACACUGAGAAACCAACCACAAGCCAGUUGGAUGUGGACGUCUCAGAGCUCUGCCACAUUCUGAAGAGGACUUGAUUGGUGCUGCCAUUGAUGAAGCUGAAAACCAUGCUGAUGACGAAGACGUGAUGGAGGGGAGUACAAGAGGAAAUGAACCUGAAUUUCCAGUGGGCAUUGAAGACCACACAGAUGGUGACAAGCCCCUAUAUCCUGGUGCACCUGUUUCAAAGGGAGAAAGUUUAUUGAUGCUGAUGUCCUAUGUGCUGCAUAACAACUUAACAGGCAAAGCACUUACUCAUUUACUGAAACUGUUCAAUCUAAUGUUUCCAGGUUUGAUUCCACCCUCACAUUCAAUUCAGUCUUUUGUUG